AUGGCACUGCCCAGAUGUAUGUGGCCAAACUAUGUUUGGAGAGCAGUGAUGGCAUGCCUGUUACACAGGGGGCUGGGUGCCUCUUUGACUCUCUGUGUGUUGGCAUGUUUGCUUCAGGCUGCCCAUGUACUCUCCCAAAAACUGGAUGAUGCAGAUCCACUGGUGACUACCAACUUCGGCAAGAUAAGAGGGGUUAAGAAAGAACUCAAUAAUGAAAUCUUGGGGCCUGUUAUUCAGUUUCUUGGGGUUCCAUAUGCAGCACCGCCAACAGGGGAGCAUCGUUUUCAGCCUCCAGAGCCACCAUCUCCCUGGUCAGAUACCAGGAAUGCCACUCAGUUUGCUCCUGUGUGUCCCCAGAAUAUCAUCGAUGGCCGAUUGCCAGAAGUCAUGCUUCCUGUGUGGUUUACGAAUAACUUGGAUGUGGUUUCAUCAUAUGUACAAGACCAGAGUGAAGACUGCCUGUAUUUAAACAUAUAUGUCCCAACUGAGGAUGAUAUUCGGGACAGUGGGGGUCCUAAACCAGUGAUGGUGUAUAUCCAUGGUGGCUCCUAUAUGGAAGGUACUGGAAAUUUAUAUGAUGGGAGUGUCUUGGCAAGUUAUGGCAAUGUGAUCGUCAUCACAGUCAACUACCGACUUGGGGUACUUGGUUUCUUGAGCACAGGAGAUCAGGCUGCAAAAGGAAACUAUGGACUCCUUGAUCUCAUACAGGCUUUAAGAUGGACUAGUGAGAACAUUGGAUUCUUUGGUGGUGACCCCUUAAGAAUCACUGUUUUUGGAUCUGGUGCUGGGGGUUCGUGUGUCAAUCUGCUGACUUUAUCCCAUUAUUCUGAAGGUAACCGUUGGAGCAAUUCAACCAAAGGACUUUUCCAACGAGCAAUAGCUCAAAGUGGAACAGCCCUUUCCAGCUGGGCUGUUAGUUUCCAACCUGCAAAAUAUGCUAGAAUGUUGGCCACAAAAGUUGGCUGCAAUGUUUCAGAUACAGUAGAAUUGGUGGAAUGCCUACAGAAGAAGCCUUACAAAGAACUUGUUGACCAAGAUAUUCAACCAGCACGAUACCACAUAGCCUUUGGACCUGUGAUUGAUGGUGAUGUCAUACCAGAUGACCCUCAGAUAUUGAUGGAGCAAGGAGAGUUUCUCAACUAUGAUAUAAUGUUAGGAGUUAACCAAGGAGAAGGAUUAAAAUUUGUUGAAAAUAUAGUAGAUAGUGAUGAUGGUAUAUCAGCUAGUGAUUUUGACUUUGCUGUUUCCAAUUUUGUUGAUAAUUUAUAUGGAUAUCCAGAAGGCAAAGAUGUGUUGAGAGAAACGAUUAAAUUCAUGUAUACUGACUGGGCUGACCGUCAUAACCCUGAAACCAGAAGGAAGACGUUAUUGGCCUUGUUUACGGACCAUCAGUGGGUGGCACCAGCUGUUGCUACAGCAGAUCUUCACUCAAACUUUGGUUCACCUACAUAUUUCUAUGCCUUUUACCAUCAUUGCCAAACAGAUCAGGUUCCUGCGUGGGCUGAUGCAGCUCAUGGAGAUGAGGUUCCCUAUGUACUAGGAAUCCCCAUGAUUGGACCUACAGAGUUAUUUCCUUGCAAUUUCUCCAAAAAUGACGUGAUGCUGAGUGCAGUUGUAAUGACAUACUGGACAAAUUUUGCUAAAACUGGUGACCCAAAUCAACCAGUUCCUCAAGACACAAAAUUCAUCCAUACCAAACCCAACCGCUUUGAAGAAGUAGCAUGGACCAGAUAUUCCCAGAAAGAUCAACUUUAUCUCCAUAUUGGAUUAAAACCACGAGUUAAAGAACAUUAUAGAGCCAAUAAGGUGAACCUCUGGUUGGAGCUGGUACCUCAUCUGCAUAAUCUCAAUGACAUUUCUCAGUAUACCUCUACAACAACUAAAGUGCCAUCAACGGACAUCACUUUCCGACCUACGAGAAAAAAUUCUGUACCUGUCACAUCAGCCUUUCCCACUGCCAAGCAGGAUGAUCCCAAACAACAGCCAAGUCCAUUUUCAGUGGAUCAGAGGGACUACUCGACAGAGCUGAGCGUUACCAUAGCAGUUGGAGCAUCACUGCUGUUUCUGAACAUCUUGGCAUUUGCAGCCCUGUACUACAAAAAGGAUAAGAGGAGACACGAUGUUCAUAGGAGAUGCAGCCCUCAGCGUACUACUACCAACGAUCUGACCCACGCACAAGAAGAGGAGAUCAUGUCCCUCCAAAUGAAGCACACUGAUCUGGAUCAUGAAUGUGAGUCCAUCCAUCCACAUGAGGUGGUUCUCCGGACCGCCUGCCCCCCAGAUUACACAUUAGCUAUGAGGAGGUCACCUGAUGAUGUUCCCUUAAUGACACCCAACACCAUUACAAUGAUUCCCAACACUAUACCAGGAAUUCAGCCCUUACACACAUUCAAUACAUUUACUGGAGGACAGAACAAUACGCUGCCCCACCCCCAUCCGCACCCCCAUUCACAUUCAACAACCAGGGUAUAG